ACAGAUCUCAUUCUGACCUUUAAUAUCUCCAUGCAUCGUUCUUGGUGGAUGGAGAAUGGGCCGGGCUGCACCGUGACCUCAGUAACCCCAGCCCCUGACUGGGCACCAGAGGAUCAUCGUUAUAUCACUGUCUCGGGGUGUUUUCUUGAAUAUCAGUACAUAGAAGUGGCUCACAGUUCUCUUCAGAUCUUCCUUGCACUGGCGGGCUUCAUCUAUGCCUGUUAUGUUGUGAAAUGUAUUACUGAAGAAGAGGACAGCUUUGAUUUCAUAGGUGGAUUUGACUCUUACGGCUAUCAAGGUCCACAGAAGACAUCUCAUUUACAGCUACAGCCCAUGUAUAUGUAA